AUGUCUGCUUCCUCGCCAUGGAGGAGAAGUCCAAGUUCCUCGCUGAUCAGCCUGUCUUCUUCGCCACGGAAGAGAAGCUCCAGCUCACCGGAUACCACCAUCUCUCCCUCAUCUCCCCGCAAGAGGGUCAGAUUCGGCUCGCGGACAAGAAUCUAUCCAGACGGCUCUUCCUGUUCCUCGCGUGUUUCCUCUGCCCGCGCCAGCUCCGUUGAAACCUCCGAUGAGACCGAAUAUACUAGCACGGACACGUUGCUGAUACUGGCGGCAAUCUACCAUGACAUCGCAAUUGUCUGUCUGAACAGAAAGGCUGCAUCCAGCGGUCACGACCCGCUCCCUUACGAGAAGGACAGCGUAUCAGCCGCCAAAUUUGUGGACCGAGCUAUCACCGUAAACGAACUCUUGAAGGUAGAGCUGCUGCAGAAGAACUUCCCGACGAGUGAAGAUCUCAACGAGGCGACGGCCGUACGGAUUGCUUGGAGCCGCGUGGGGUUCCGGAUCUUCGCCAUCUGCGCGUGGUCCCAGGCCUUCAGGCAAGUCUGCCGUAUGGGGUCCAGUGAAUUACGGCGUAAGUUAUUCGGCCUGAUGGCCCGGAACAUGACCAGCAUCCGCACCUUUGCACGCCUGCGAGGCUUGGACUGGCGCGGACCGUUACUGAAGCAUGGGAAGCAUAGGUCACGCAAGAUCGACCAUCGCCUACGGCCCAGACCGAAGAUCCGGGCUGAUCACCCCCACGAAGUGUAUAUCGCGCUGAACAAGAAACUCCGUGUCCCGACCGACGCCAGCGGCAACAAGCGAGUCCAUAUCGACCAGAGUAUCUUUCGACCGAAGUUCUGGCCGUCCAAAACCCAAGAUCCCACCAAACGCCGAUCGGUCGACGGUACCUGUGAUAUUUGCUCUUCCGAAGACCUAUGCGAUUGCACGCUAGACUCACGCGCCGGUGAAAUGGUCGAGCUGGUCGAAUACCCCGGCAAGGGGAUCGGGGUGCGUUCCCUAGCCAACUUCAAGGCUGGCGACAUUCUCGGUGAGUUUGCUGGUGAGAUCUGCCCUGAUGACUAUGACGACGAUCCGGUGUACGCUCUCGUCCAGCAGAGCAAGACAGAUAGCGAGACAGCCAUCGCAGUGAUCUCUCCCAUGCGGUUUGGGAACUGGACCAGGUAUAUCAAUCAUUCCUGUAACGCGUCGACCUCCUUCGAGAGGAGGACCGUGGGAAAUCGGACGAUUAUGACGGUCGAGGCUUCUCGAGACAUUGGUAUGUAUGAGGAGAUCACCAUCAACUAUGGCUCAGAUUAUUGGAAGAAUAAAACAUGUAAGUGUGGAGAGGAGGGGUGCAUCUCAUCUUACCACAGUGAAUCAGAAGGUAGCAAUAGUAACUAA